AAGGGGAGGGGAGGAUGCUUGGUGGAUCCGGAGCGCUGCUCGCUUUUGGUAAACCAUCGUGAGUUUAACAACGCGCUAUUUUGAGGAGGUGGGCCGAGUCCCGGGAUAGAGGCAGGGGACAGGAGGGGAAGGGGGAGGAGUGGGAUCCAGCUGGGAUGCUGAUGCUGCUGAUGCUGCUGCUGGUAGUGGUGGCGGCGAUGUGAGGACCUCCAGGACUCCCGGCACUCAUCUCUGCGGUUGUUCUUCUGCAGUCACGUAUACAGCGGCAGCGCUGUGUGGCCGAGAGCAGUUCGAGUUGGCUCCCUGCCUGUUGAGAUGCUGCAAGAGGAAACACAGUGAAGGGGGUUCAUGCUGAUGAAAUUGAUCUGCUCAGUGAGCUCCAACCAGAGCCAUGGGGAGUACCCAGACUGUCGGAGUGAGAGGGAAUCAGGAGGGGAGGCGUCUCUCCUGGUGUCUCCGCUGGUGGUGGCUGGGAUUGUUAUAGGACUGGUCCUUUUCCUCUCCUGCGUCACCAUUAUCAUCGGCAGCCUGCGCAAAGAUAGUCGACUCAGAAACCCACACUUCCGCGGCAGCUAUGGGCAAGAUGGCUUUUCAUAUGGAGGUUCGGCAGGGGAACUGAGGUCUAGCUGCGUUGAAGACUUUCCUCCUGGUUUAGACUUUGACUCCUUUGGAGAGAAUCUUCCACAGAUUAGCAACCUGUAUCCUGACUCUCCACCCCGUUAUGAUGAGUGCGUUGGACCAGAUUCGACUCAGAUCUACAUACCAACUGAUGACCCACCUCCCUACUCCCUACUGGACCCCUGUCAGAGCCCGGCCGAGCCGGAGGAGCAGCCCACACACUCCGGUCCAGAUGCUUCUCAGUACUGCGAAGAGACUCCCUGGACCUCCUCCUCCUCCUCCACCCACUAUUCCCGGGGACUACAUGAGCUGGAGCAGCAGCACGUUGCAUCUAUUUCCUUCCCACUGGAGGCAGCGCCACCUUACGAGGCGGUGCUGGCAGAGCAGGGACAGCCCCUCCCUCUCAUGCCAUGUGACCUUAAUAAACACCAUUCGGAGAGGGACUAUGGUGAAAACUCCCAGCAGCUCCCGGCCAACCAGAUCUCCUAAGACCGUUAAUUUGUUUUCCUCACCUGAGCUCUCAGCUGUCCCCUGGUUAUUAAAACUAACACUUUGUUAGGAGCAGCUGUGGCCCAUACAGUGGAAAGCAACACCGUGGGAACAGCUUCCACACAGUUGCAAUCAGAUGAUCGGGCUCAGAAGCGGCAGUGGACCACAGUGCUGCUGUGGCAGUUUUGAAAAGAGAAAAAGCACUGCUUUCUACUUGGAGGUCUUUUCCCUAAUGAACAGGUGGCUCAUCUGAAAAUGAUUCUCCGCUGAAUGAAGACUCCCUUGUUAAACUACAUUGCCCACUUUUCCCCCCGUUUUUUUCUGUGAUUUAGGAUGUCAGACUAUUUAGUUUAGAUGAUAGACAAGCACACUGAGUACAAUCUUCCAGGUUUCUUUACAUUUACGCUAGUAUUAUGUUAAAUUACAAACACAGCGCGGAGCUGCGGUGUUUAUAGUGUGUAGGCAUUAAAGCGGAGUGCUGUUCAGCAAUGGCGGAUCUUACGUGCAUAGAGCCCUUUCUUUCGGGGCACCCCCUCCCCAUGCAGAUCCACACCCACCAACAAAUCCCAAAGUUUCUACAUAUGUUAGUCUUCUGUGUUAUAGAAAUGAUUUUAAUUAUAAGUUAAAAAUAAAUUUAUAGUCAUAUCUAUAUGAAUGCGAUAUAGACAUCAAUAUGUAUAAAUAUGUACUUUACAUUGCCAAAAGUAUUUGUUAUCCUGCCUUCACAAACAUACAAACUUGAACAACGUCACAUUCUUUAUCCAUUGGGUUUAACAUGUUUUGUUAGCCGACCCUUCAGCUCUUCUGUGCGCAAGAUUUAAAACUGUGUAAAUGUGGAUGUUUGACGACAUUUGUAGAGUAAGACAAUAAUGUUGCAAGAGAAGCUCCAGGUCACUGUCUCUGCUCUAAUUUCACCCAAAGGGGGGUUCUUUCAGGUUGAGCUCUGGACAAAGUAAAGUUCUUCCAUCAAGUUCACUCAUCUGUGUCUUUACAAACCUUAAUUGUUGGAACAGGAAGGUAUCAUCCCCAAACUGUUUCCAUAAAUCAGGGUGCAUCAAACAUGUCUCCUACUUCACACCACUGUAACCACUGCUUUGCUUUGAACAUGAUGAUGUUAGGCUUAGAUCCAGCUGCUCAGCUUUGGAAACCGAUACUGCGCUUGAGCCAAUCUGACGGCCAUAUGAUGUUUGAAGGUCUGCAGCUACUGACCCUGCAGACAGUUGCCAAUCUCUGCGCACUAUGCUCAUGAUUUUAUGUUGACUAGCACACAGUAGCUGAGUUGUUGUCAUCCCUACUCACGUCCAGUUCAUUAUAAUGGCUCUAAUACCCGAGUGUGGAGUAUUUAGUUGCAGGCAAAUUUGGUUGCAUCCUACAAUGGAUGCAACCAUUCGGGGAUACACUGAGCUCCUGAGAGUGACACUUUCUAUUAACAGAUGUUUGUAGAACAGAUGUUUGUAGAAACAAUCUGCAUGCCUAGGUGCUUUCAUUAGGAUGGGUAACUGUACUUUUGGCAAUAUAUUGUAUAAAGAUAUACAUGUACACAAAGAUAUAAAGAAUUCAAACUGGCUAAAUCUCCACUCACUAAGCCUCAAGCUAUGUUUUACUUCAGAUUUACCAAUUUCAAGUAUUUUAGAUUUUGAACUAGAGAUGAACACAAGCAGGCCGGAUUACCCCCCCCCCCCCCCAAAAAAAAAAUUUAAAUAAAAAAUAAAAAUAGAGUAAUAGCCCAAAUUGGAAUCAGAUUCCGACUUUCAUGUCAUAAGCCACUUCCAGUGACAUUAAAGAACCAAGAUUUUCUUACAUUGUCUGACUGACCUGGGCAGUGACCCAUGUCCCGCUCAUCAAAAACCGCUAUUGCUGUUCAGUAGCUUAUUGUGUGGUUGUAGUAACCUAAUAAGUAAAACUAAAGAUUUUGUCGUAAAAUAGUUGUGACCGCUAUGGCUGGAAAAUAUAAAAAGCUAAGUGGACUUGAGGGAGGAACUAACAAAUCACCAUUCUUCCUGUAUGUUACAUGAAGCUUUCAGUACAGCAGUAUAAUAACGUUCUGUGAUAAUGUUGAAUGUUAUCUGCAACUGAGCAAAGGCUCUGCUAGCUCUGUUUUUGUCAUAAAUCUUCCUAUUAAGGGCUCUGGUUUUAAUAUAAAUAUAAAACUGGAACCAAGCAGCGACAUGUAGCUUGGAGCCUUCCCCCUCGUGAGGCUGGCCUCAUGCAAUGGAGACUUUAACACACAAAACUGUAGACUCAAACAUACUGUUCCUCCAGAAAUAGAGACUUCCACUCAGUGAAUGAAAUAGUUGUAAAGUGGAAGGAAAAUUAUAUCUUUAUGUUUUCUUAAACUUUUACAAAUACAAAUCUGAAAAGUGUGGAGUACAAUAUGUUUUCAGCACCCUUUCCACAAAGCCACCUAAAUAAAAUAAAGUUCAACCAUUUUCACGCAGGAGACACCAUUUAGUGUAAUUCAACAUUUUGUGAAGGCCUCAGAGUUUUUUUUAUAGAUUACAUUAGCGAACAAACAGCAUCAUAAAGACCAAGAAACAGAAAGUUGUGAAAUAGUUUAAAGUAGGGUUAGAUUAUAAAAUGCACUGUUUAAUCCAUUAUCAAAAAACAGCGACAGCAAACCUGCUACCACCAUUCAAUUCAAUUGUGAGCAGGGGUGGUGGCAGCAUCAUGCUUUGGUGUUGCUUUUCUCAAGCAGAGACCAGGACGCUGGUCAGCACUAAUGAGUAAACUGAUGAGAUCAAAUACAGAGCAAAACACUGGAAGAAAACCUGUCGGAGGCUACAAAAGAUUUAAGACAUCUUCCAGCAGAACACCGACCCUUGUACAUAUUACAAGUGGCUCUAUGGAAUGGGUCAGAUCAAAGCAUAGUUACGUGUUAAAACUAAUGUUUACAGUUGGUCUACAUCCGGUCUGACUGGGCCUAAGUUAGAGGAAUGGACAAAAACUUCUUCCCCCAGAUGUGCAAAGCUGAUGGAGCAAUACCCCAAAACACUUGGACAUGCAAUUGCAGCAAAAGAGGGUUCUACAAGAUAUUGACUCCACAUAACUUUUCAGUAGGGAUGCACUAAUAUGAAAAUUUGGGCCAAUAUAGAUAUCCAAUAUUGAUUUUGAUAUUAUGGCAGAAAUCAUUGUCACAUGACCAAACAAACACGACAUGGCCACCUCCUUCCGCAACACAAACACGAACAACAUGGAUAUAAACAUUAGUUAUUAAUAUUGGCCUAGUUUACUUAUGAGACCAAUACCAAUAUGUUAAAAAAAACUACUAACAGUGACCAAUACCAGUGUUAAUGCCAAUAUGUCUUGCAUCCUUGUUUUUCAGAUUUAGAUUUUUACAGAAAAAUUUAAAAGCAAGUAUGUUUUUCUUUCCACUUCACAAUCAUAUUCUUGUAUCCAUACAUCACAUAAAAUAUUAAUACCAACACAUGGAAGUUUGAGGUGGUAAUGUGAAAAAAUCCAAGGGGUCUAAAUAACAAAUACAUUUCAAAGGUAAUUCCUUAUUUCCUGACUAAAAAAGUUCAAAAAGAGAACAAAAAGCAACAAUUAUGCAAAAGUAAUUUGACAUUUAUACUUAAACUGAGGUUAAACUCGCCUCUGGAUCAUUCCGUCUCAAUUCAAAACAAAAACAUUCAGAUCAUUUAAGACCAUAGCAGAGACUUGUUAUGCAGCUGCAAUGUCUUUACGGAAAUGGAGGGAAAUGUGAGCGUGGUCGUAUUUAAUGCUGAAGAAGAGUUGACAAAGGUAAAAUGAAGGAGAGCAUGAAGUCAAAUAUGUUCAGUCUCAAAAUAAAUUUUUAUUUAUCCUAAAUGAGCUCCACACACUUAGCAUGGAGCUGAUGGUGAGAAAGCUACCGUUAAACAUUUAAGAUUAAACAUUUUAAAUAUUUUUAUCUAAAUCUCAGCCAUAAUACCUUUGUACCUGAAUAUCUAGCAACAAUUCAGAUAGCAGAUUCACUACAUCUACAAGCCCAACGACUGUCAAAUUAAAUCCCUCUUUUUUGUUUAAAAUAUCCAUUCUUUACAUGUACAGAAACAAAGAGGCUGUGUUAUUGUGGAGGUAGUGUGGGGACUAAAAACCCCAGUUUUCCUGGAGACACUAAGACCUGUAGACACCAUUUUAUCACUGGUUAUUGAAGCAGGAAGUCAUUAGUCGACUGAGCUUUAAUAACUUUAUAAAUGUUGUUUGUAACUUUUGAAAUAGUUUGUUUUGUGUAAUUAGCCUUUAUAUCUUGACUUGGAAAAUGCUCAUUGUUCUUGACAUUUUAUGUUUAAAGAUGUGCCUAAAAGCUUCCUCCCACCCUCCCCCUGAACGUUGAAUUUAGCACUGUAGCCAUGCGUAUUGUACAGAUAGGAGUCUGGUGAUUAGUGCUGUGAUUUGGAAGCACACUUUAUCCAAUAAAUCCCUUUUUAAUACGUUUUCUGGGGGAAAUCCUGGAGGAAAAAUAAUCAACAUAAGUUUGUAAGAAAAAUCAGAAGUUCCCAGCACAGUUUUGGCAUUUUAGUCCUUUCAAAGUUUGUUAGAUUAACUGUUAUUUAUUAUAAUGGUGCGUUCCUUUUGCCUCUGAGGUCAGAACUCACGUGUCGCAGAUUACGUCAUCUCCGCCUUUUUGCAUCCGUCCGUCAGACAGUAGGAAAAAACACUGACGCUUGCAAUGUUGUUAAAACAAUAACAACAACAAUACCAGAACAACGCUGUUCAAGGCGAUAUUUUGUGCAAAUAAACAGAGCUGAAACAUCCCGUCUGAUGAACACUGAAAGGUAGCUUCUGGAAUAAAUGUUACAUAAAUAAUAGAGAGCUGCUACAAACAGUUAAAGUACGUGGUUUUACUCAAUGUUGCUGUGAGUAUCAGCCAUCAAAAUGCCGAUGUUGGGUACCAUCCUGCCGACUUUCUAAAUCGUAAUACCUUACAGGCCGUUCCAGUUCAACUUUCCGACCCGGAGGUCGUGAAUCCCGACUACCGAGGACAAAUGGAACGCACUAUAAGACUAUGAAGCCAACCUUUUCUUUAUUCCAGUUCCAGCAUUUUUUCUUUCUCUCAGCUCAUGUAUAAUGGCCAAAGGAUCAUUAUAAAAUGUCAGACCUUACCUAUUUAUCAGUAAUAAUUAUGACAUGACACCAGUUUCUCUGUUUAAUAUGUUCAGCAAGAACAAGUAAAGCAUCUUGUUUAAAGGGGGCCUCUUAUGCAAAAAAUCAUUGAUCAAUUACCAGUAAUCAAUCUAUAAAAAAAUAAAAUAAAAAUAUACAGCCAUUUUGGGCAAUAGGUAAAUGUUUUGUUGGUGUCUGGAAAAUGAGCUGUUUCAAAAAACCUCCCAACAAUUACGUCAUAAUCAGCAUCCCCAGUCGAGCCCAGCCUCUCAACUAGCAACCCAAGCGGAGCUCCGGCUCCGCCCACCUUAUCAGCUGGUUUUAGUGCCAUAUGCACUUUACAAUGGCUGUUCAGCAUGAACAUGAUUUGUCAUUUAGCACAAGCUAACGCUAACAAUAUGCUACUGAUAGCCCCGUGUCCAUUUAGAAACUUAAUAUUCACAAACGGCUCACUGCAUCCUUGCUAGUUGUGCAGGAGGCUUCGCUUCUUUUGCUUCUGGGUCAUACUCAGGGUCAAAGAUGUACUGUUGUACCAUUGUGCAUCUGUUUGCAGCCAUUUUCACGUGUACAAAGUGUAAGCACUGAGUUGGGUGGCGGCUAGCUACAGCUUAUUUGCAUAAAAGUGACAGAGUCCUUAAACAGCUCAUUCUGAAAGCAGCUCAAAAUACAUGAAACCGAGGAGAAAUCUCAUUAUCUGAAAACGAUUUUGUGCAAAAAAUUUAAUGAACAUCUUUUUAUAGCCCACUUACCUAUCCUAAACAUUUAAAAGAAAGACUAAUAGGUCCUCUUUAAGCUGUAAACUAUCUUAUUAUCACCACCAAUCACAAGAGGGCGCUGUAGCGCUGGAUCAGAUAGAUUUAUCACUUUGCGCCAUGUUGCUGUCUGUAUGACAGGGGUGAAUGUUUAAGUUAGAGCAGAUUUAAAAUGUAAAGCCUGUCUGAGCUGCCAGUAUUAUAACAGAACAUUAUUCUUUUGCCAACUAGAAGAAGGGUUUAUCUGAUGAGUGUUUGUCCAUCUUUAUGUUCGCUCUAGUUUGUUGGUGCAUUCUCUGUAAGUAAAUUGUAUGUAAAUUUGUUACAUGUGCAUCAUCAUGCCACAUUUAUCUUCCUCUUUCUUUUUUUUCUUUUUUUUUUGUCAACUACUACAAUAACAACCUAAAAUGUUGUUUCAUUGGGUGUGCUGUAAUGGUUUUGGUAAAGAUUUCUUUUGUAGGAAAAAGGUAAAUAAAUUCUUAGUAAAGCUGA